CCCAUGGCAGGCAGGGCCGGCAGAGGCUGAUUUACAAGGCAGAUGGGCCUCUGGCUGGAGCCCUCAGCCCCACACCCAGCCACUGCUUCCCCGUGGGCUAUAAGAGCACCCAGACUUCCUGGCCGUCUGGGGCGGGUGCCAUGUGAGACCAGCUUGGCUCCCCCUCCUGCCCGCCCUCCUUCCUUCCCUCCUCCUGCCUGCUCGCGUAUGCCCAGCCUCUCUGAAGAGGAACCACUUGACACCAUGUCUCUGCUCAACCCUGUCCUGCUGCCCCCCGAGGUGAAGGCCUAUCUGAUCCAAGGGGAGCGCUUCAUCAAAUGGGACGACGAUACUACAGUUGCCUCCCCGGUUAUACUCCGCGUGGAUCACAAGGGCUAUUACUUGUACUGGACAUACCAGAGUAAGGAGAUGGAGUUUCUGGAUAUCACCAACAUCCGGGAUACCCGCUUUGGAAAGUUUGCCAAGAUACCCAAGAGCCAGAAGCUCCGGGAAGUCUUCAACAUGGACUUUCCUGACAACAACUUCCUGCUGAAGACACUCACUGUGGUGUCUGGCCCCGACAUGGUGGACCUGACCUUCCAUAACUUCGUCUCCUACAAGGAGAGUGUAGGCAAGGUAUGGGCUGAGGAUGUGCUGGCCCUGGUCAAGCACCCGAUGACAACCAAUGCCCCCCGCAGCACCUUCCUUGACAAGAUCCUGGUGAAGCUCAAGAUGCAGCUCAGCCCUGAAGGGAAGAUUCCUGUGAAGAAUUUUUUCCAGAUGUUUCCUGCUGACCGGAAGCGGGUGGAAGCUGCCCUCAGUGCCUGCCACCUCCCCAAAGGCAAGAAUGAUGCCAUCAACCCUGAGGACUUCCCAGAAUCUGUCUACAAGAGCUUCCUGAUGAACCUCUGUCCUCGGCCAGAAAUAGAUGAGAUCUUCACUUCCUACCACGCCAAGGCCAAACCCUACAUGACCAAGGAGCACCUGACCAAGUUCAUCAACCAGAAACAGCGGGACCCACGACUUAACUCCCUAUUGUUCCCACCCGCUCGGCCAGACCAGGUGCAGGGCCUCAUCGACAAGUACGAGCCCAGAGGCAUCAACGUGCAGAGGGGCCAGCUGUCACCGGAGGGCAUGGUCUGGUUUCUCUGUGGGCCAGAGAACAGCGUGGUGGCCCAAGACAAGCUGCUGCUCCACCACGACAUGACACAGCCACUCAAUCAUUACUUCAUCAACUCGUCACACAACACCUACCUGACAGGUGGCCAGUUCUCAGGCCUUUCCUCGGCCGAGAUGUACCGCCAAGUGCUGCUGUCUGGCUGCCGCUGUGUGGAGCUGGACUGCUGGAAGGGGAAGCCCCCGGAUGAGGAGCCCAUCAUCACUCAUGGUUUCACCAUGACCACAGACAUCUUCCUCAAGGAAGCAAUUGAAGCUAUUGCAGAAAGUGCCUUUAAGACCUCCCCUUAUCCUGUCAUCCUGUCCUUUGAAAACCACGUGGACUCACCCCGCCAACAGGCUAAGAUGGCUGAGUACUGCCGGACCAUGUUUGGGGAUAUGCUGCUUACAGAGCCCCUGGAAAAGUUCCCCCUGGAACCCGGCGUCUCCCUGCCCAGCCCCCAGGACCUCCGGGGCAAGAUCCUCAUCAAGAACAAGAAGAACCAGUUUUCUGGCUCAGCGGCCCCCAGCAAGGAGCCCGGUGGGGAGGCUGAGGGGGGCAGUUGCCCACCCAGUGCCCCUGUGGACGAGGAAACAGAGAGGGCUGGUGAGGAGGGGGCUAAGCUGGAGGAAGAGGAGGAGGAGGAAGAGGAAGAGGAAUCAGGGAGCCUGGAUGAAGAAAGAAUGAAGAAGAUGCAGUCGGAUGAGGGCACAGCCGGCCUGGAGGUGACAGCCUAUGAGGAGAUGUCUGGCCUGGUCAAUUACAUCCAACCCACCAAGUUCGUUUCCUUUGAGCUCUCUGCCCAGAAGAACCGCAGCUACGUCAUCUCCUCCUUCACUGAGCUCAAGGCUUAUGACCUGCUCUCCAAAGCCUCGGUGCAGUUUGUGGACUACAACAAACGCCAGAUGAGCCGCAUCUACCCCAAGGGCACCCGCGUGGACUCCUCCAACUACAUGCCCCAGAUGUUCUGGAACGCUGGCUGCCAGAUGGUUGCCCUCAACUUCCAGACCAUGGACCUGCCCAUGCAGCAGAACAUGGCCCUGUUUGAGUUCAACGGGCAGAGCGGCUACCUCCUCAAGCACGAGUCCAUGCGCCGGCCGGACAAGCAGUUCAACCCCUUCUCGGUGGACCGCAUCGACGUGGUGGUCGCCACCACGCUUUCCAUUACGGUGAUCUCGGGGCAGUUCCUCUCUGAACGCAGCGUGCGCACCUACGUGGAAGUGGAGCUGUUUGGCCUUCCCGGAGAUCCUAAGAGGCGCUAUCGCACCAAGCUGUCACCCAGUACCAACUCCAUCAAUCCUGUCUGGAAGGAGGAGCCCUUUGUCUUUGAGAAGAUCAUGAUGCCAGAGCUGGCUUCCCUCAGGGUGGCCGUGAUGGAGGAAGGCAGCAAGUUUCUCGGACACCGCAUUAUCCCCAUAAACGCCCUGAACUCUGGAUACCACCAUCUGUGCUUGCACAAUGAGAGUAACAUGCCCCUCACCAUGCCUGCACUCUUUGUCUUCCUGGAGAUGAAGGACUACGUACCUGACACCUGGGCAGAUCUCACCGUGGCCCUUGCCAACCCCAUCAAGUUCUUCAGCGCCCAUGAUAAGAAGUCUGUGAAGCUCAAGGAGGCCAUGGGAGGUCUGCCGGAGAAGCCCUUCCCAUCCAAGAGUCCUGCUGCGGGACAGGUCAAUGGGGCAUCGUCCUUAAGGAGCAACGGGUCAGCAGCUGCGGGGACCAGGGCCAGAGAGGAGUCCACGAAAGAACUCGCGGAGCCGCAGACCGCCAGCCCGGAGGAGCUGCGGGAGCUCAAAGGCAUUGUGAAGCUGCAGCUGCGGCAGGAGAGGGAGCUGCGGGAGCUGGAGCGGCGCGGCGCGCGGCGCUGGGAGGAGGUGCUGCAACGGGGCGCCGCUCAGCUGGGAGAGCUCUGGCCGCCCGGCGGCGGCGGCGGGGGCGGCUGCCGAGGCCGCAAGGUCGGCCCGGGCAAGGGUUCCCGCAGGAAGAGCCUCCGCAGAGUCCUGCCCUGCGAGGAGUCCCUCGUGGCCGUGCCCGGCGAGUGUCCCGAGGGAGCGGACGCGCGGGUGCGGGAGCUGAAGGAGAGGCUGGAGCUGGAGCUGCUGCAGCAGGGCGAGGAGCUGUACCAGUGCAUCCUGAAACGCAAGGAGCAGCACGUGGCUGAGCAAAUCACCAAGAUGAUGGAGCUCGCCCGAGAGAAACAGGUGGCAGAGAUGAAGGCCCUCAAGGAGACCUCUGAGAAUGACACCAAAGAGAUGAAGAAAAAGCUGGAGGCCAAGAGGCUGGAGCGCAUCCAGGCCAUGAUCAAGGUCACCCCAGACAAGAUGGCCCAGGAGAGGUUGAAGAGGGAGAUUAACAGCUCCCACAUCCAGGAAGUGGUGCAGGUCAUCAAGCAGAUGACAGAGACCCUGGAGAGGCACCAGGAAAAGCUGGAAGAGAAGCAGGCAGCCUGCCUGGAACAGAUCCGGGGGAUGGAAAAGCAGUUCCAGCAGGAGGUGCUGGCAGCAUACGAGAGCAAGAUGAAGGGCCUGGAGGCCGAGGUGAAGGAGUCGGUGAGGACCUGCCUCAGGGCUGGCUUCCCCUCCCAGGAAGACGAAAGAUCUGAAAGGCCGUGUGAGGCCUCCAGGGUGCUGUGUGAGGAGGACCCACCAGCAGCAGCUGCGGACACCCAGAAGAGCCACCUCUGAUGCCACCAUCCCACUGAGACAUUCAGCAAGGACAUUUGGAUCCUUCUCUGGGAUGUGGCUCCAUCGCUCCAACAGGAAAGGCUCCCAGCACUCUGGGGCUGCAGGAAGAUGGGGCACUUUUGGACUCGAGAGCCCCCUCCUCAAUGGCCUAGCUAGAAAAAGAGGCAGGAACCAGGCACCCAUUGGGGCCUCAAGUUCCUCCCCAAAUGGACUUUCUGCUCCCCAGCCCUCUUCCCCAUCUCUAAACAAGUGUCAUGUAUUUGUUGAGGGCAAAAGAACAUGAACUGGGAGGCAGGAAAUGGGGUUCCUGGCCCCAUUGUGCCUUUCCCAGUGGUGCAAUUAGUGGUGUCCCACUCUGGUCUGGUUCCCCACCUGAGGGCUGGACCUGGCCUCUUAGCACCCUCUAGCUCUCCACUUUAGCACUUGUGGUUCAAGCAGGACCAAAUCCCUAACCCCCUUGCUGCACUGGGGGUGGCUCAUCGAAGCUUCUAGGCCCCAUCUCAGGCCUGCCCUGAGUUGGCCUUUUGGUCAACUUCCUGAGGCAGGGCCUGUCACUACCUCCGAGCUCCCUGGGGGCUGGUGGCUCCCAGGAUCCCAGGCUGAGGUCCCUCACUUGCCUCCUGCCAGUGGGGCACUGACCGAAGGCUGACAUGGAAAAGCUGCCUCAGCUGUCUGGCCCUUAGGCCUCUGAGAACUGUGGGACUGAGGCCGAUGGUGGGAGAGUAGGAUGGCCUCACAGGCACUGCCCGACACUGAGCCUGGCUCACCCAUUCUCCUAGGCCUGGGGGGCACUCCCUAGCAUGUACCCCCACUCAGGCUGCCUGACAAAGUCCGGGUAGUUUUCUCUUCUGAAUAUGUGAGAUUUAUUUAUUUUUCUCUUUCCUAUUUCUAGUAAAGAACGUUGUCCCAAUA